AUGACCCGUUGGUUGCAACUUGUCGUGUUUGGCCUGGUCGCCGAGUUGGCACGUGCACAAUGCCCCAACAACUAUUUCUACGUGGCCCCGCUGCAGUCGUGCGUCUCGUUUAAUACUGGAGGCAGCACUUCUUUGUUUGCCGACGCCGAAGCGGCCUGCCAGAAAGCCGGUGGCCAUCUGGCGUCGAUUCACAACGUUUUCGAGAACUCGCUGGUCGCCUCGUAUGCCCAGGCUCGCAUCACCACGAAAAAAUUCUUCAUCGGGCUGUCGCGGAAGACGCAGCAGACGCAAGAUUGGGGCUGGACGGACGCGUCGAUUUACGAUUACCGGGCAUGGUCGAAUGGGACGACCCCUGCUGGCAACGGGCUGUGCGCCGUGGUGGACGUGACGACGCAGCAAUGGGAGGAUGUCGACUGUACUCAGGAGUACGACUAUGCCUGCUCCGUCAAGUUUGGCUGCCCCGACGGCUGGCAGUUGUUCAACUACACGAACACGUGUUAUUACAAAGGCAACGGCGGCAACUUCCAAGAUUCACAAAAAUAUUGCCAAGGUGUACGCAACGGAAACCUGGCCUCCAUCCACUCGAUCGAGGAGCAGAACUUUAUCUCUAGCUUGGUCUGGUCACGAUGCGGCACCGGGCCUCAUGGUCAGAAGCUGGGCGAGACGCUGCUGGGCGGUAUCUACAAUAAGGGCCAGGGCGUCCAGUGGACGGACGGCACUCCGGAAGACUUCACCUACGGCUGGUGCGAGCAUACUGGGGCUCAUGGUAGCACUGUUGUGAUGGCCGCCCACCAGCGGGGCAGCGGCUGCGGCGCGUGCCACGACUCAUCCUGGUUUAUCUCGAACGAACCCCCAACGAACAACGGGCACAACUACGAGGCGUUCGUCUGCAAGACGGAUCCUUACGGACAC